CUGGACUGUCGAGUGGGAACGAAAGUUCGGAGUCAGGGUGGGACUGCCGAGCGAUUCAGUCUCUCCUUCGUCGGUCUACCAACACACAACACAAUGGCGGAUAAGGAUAAGAAGGUAAAGAAGAAGAAGGCGAAAGAAGAUGCACCUGCAGAGGAAGCACCUGCACCAGCGCCGGCGGCGCCCGCGUCUGGCGGCGGUAGCGACAGACAAUCGUCGCGCGGUAGCCGCAAGGCCAAGCGCACAGGCUCCAAUGUCUUCUCUAUGUUCUCCCAGAAGCAAGUCGCCGAAUUUAAGGAGGCCUUCCAACUAAUGGACCAUGACAAGGAUGGCAUCAUUGGCAAGAACGACUUGCGCGCCACUUUCGACUCGCUCGGCAGGCUGGCAUCGGAAAAGGAGCUCGACGAGAUGGUAAAUGAGGCCCCUGGCCCUAUCAACUUCACGCAACUUCUGACCCUGUUCGCUGGACGCAUGUCUGGUGGCUCCGACGAGGAUGACGUCGUCAUCAACGCCUUCAAGACCUUCGACGAGGAUGGUAAAAUCGACUCGGAGAGGCUCAGGCACGCGCUCAUGACCUGGGGCGACAAGUUCUCGGCCGAUGAGGUUGACGAGGCCUACGACCAGAUGGAUAUCGACGACAAGGGCUUCAUCGACACUACCAAGCUGAUCACCAUGCUCACCGCCAGCGCAGAGGAAGAGGAAGGCGGCGAAGCCGCGUAAGAAUCCCACCACCACCAGCUGAACUAGCCCGAGACUACCACACGCGCCAGCAGACCGCCCGGCCGCCGGUUCGCAUGCAAACAACUAGAACCGAUACUUUUUUAUCUAUUAUAAUUAUGUAAUUUAUUGUUUCCAUUUUUUAAUUUAUAUAUAAUGAAAAUAUAGUUCUACUAUAACCAACACGUGUAGUACUGUCCCC